CUUAAAGGAAUUGCUUCCUUAACGGGCGUUAAAUCGACUUUCCCAACCUGCUCUUACCGGCUUCGCGAUUGACAAAUAUUUCGUGGUCGUCUUCUUCCACUAAUUUCGUCUUUUACUAUUUUUCCUUUCAUCCUUCUUCUUGGCCUUUUUUCUUCGCUCGGAAUGUUGCUUCGAACCUCGAGCUACUCUCGCUACCUUCCGCUUCCACCUGGACGAACGCUCGCUCGGCCUCCUGGCGUUCGUCCAACAAUCCGUACUACGUACUUCGAAGUAGCCAACGAUGCCUCGGGAAAAGAACGAACGAAUCGAUAGAUUCGUGGAACGAGCGUCCACGACGAAACAACGUUUCCGCGCCGUUUUCGCGAUAGCCGCUCGAAUUCUCUUCUUGUCCCGCGACGAAUUUUCUCCUUCGAGCUAUACCGAAGAUACCGAGAAACGCGGAGGAAAUUAGCAGACGUUCUAAAGCGAAACUAUUCCCGUAACGAGAUCGUAUUAAUCGAGUAGUUGGAAAUCGGGGUGCAAAGGUUCGCGUCGAGAACGAAUAUCUCGAUCGAAGUCGAGGAAGAUAACGCAGUCGCGUAAACGAGUUCCGACCAAUUCCGACCUAGUAGAUAUUUAACCGAAAACGCGAACGGGAAGGGAAGAAAAAUAAGCGGAAGAAAAUGCAGAAAAGAAUGCAAGAGGAAACGUCGCAGAUAGGAUGUUACGUAUGGGGAACGUUCAGUCAAGUUUCAUUCGCGAAUCCUCGUUCGGUUCUUUCUCCUUUCGCGGACCGCUGAUAAGGAAGAAGAUAUAAAGCAGGCAAGAUUAGAAAGCCGCCGAGGGAGAUGGGGGGAUGCUGGUGGCGAAGCGGUUGAAAGAGGGCUCGGUUUACUUGAUGAAACGGAGUUUUCCAACGAGAGGUACGCGCCACUUUUCCGCCGCCUACGUGUUUGCCAGCAGCCACGGCAACCUCACGAUUCCUUAUUCAUCAACGCCAUUGGAAAAACUCGUGAAAUUUGCAUCCCGACACGCUCGUACAUCCUCCGUAUUUAUGCACUCGACCAAUCCCGCCAUCCUUAAACGGUCUCUCCGUUUUUCAACGGCGCGUGCUGCAUCCGAUUUAAUUUUUAUCGCGUCAACGUUUCUCUGAAAAACUUGUUCCGAUCGUGGCGCGGCGCCGACGAGAUUCGUUCCUGUUACGAAGCUUCUUCGAAACGUUCAUCUACUGGGACGACGAAAAAAUGAGCAUCGUCGCGACGGCUUAUAAAUUUUGUCGGCACAUCGAACGUUAAUACGGUGGAACGUUCAAGGAGUGUAAGGAAGACAAGGUUUGACAAGUGGUGUCGAUUAACGCUUCGGAGACAACGCAUUUUUUCCAAUUCGACGUUUCUAAGAAAUUAUCUAAGCUGCGAAGCUAAUAGGUACCUAUGUAACUUCGAUGCGAAAAGAGGGAAAAAUUUGAACCGACGCGAAAUUUUCAAACCGGGAAAGAAGCAUCGGUACGCGAAGGCUGGCUGCAAAAAGGUGACGUUACGGGAAGGAACGGUGGUGCGCGUCGAAGAAAAGUUGGAGAUAGACCGAGCGAAACGGUAGUCGAAUACUACAGGGUAGAAAAACGACGCGGAAAAAAAGGAAAGACGGAAAAAACGUAGAAAGGAAAAGAACUGCUGAAGCGCUUGUAAUUACGUUGGAAAGAGAACCGAGAAUCGGAUCAUAACUUGGCGAAUAAUUAAUUUAUAAUUAAAAGAACGUUGUAAGUAAGCCUUGGAAUAUUUAAUAGAGCUUCGUGUUCGAAAGGAAGACGAGGAAAAAGAAUUCUGUCGCUGAAUACGAUAAUAUAGAAGGUAGAGUGACGCUAUUCGAUAAGUAAUAUCGAGCAUAGAGAUACGCAAAGUCGAAGAAGGAGUAAAGAAAUAAAUAGAGAAGCAACUUCGCGGAGCUGAAAGUUCCGGUGACUGGGCGAGCGGUGGUUCGUAUCGAAGAACGACGAGCGAAAAGAUGAUCGCGCGGAUCGGCGAAAAUUUCGACGACGCGCGGUAACGGAAGAAACGAUGAAAAUUUGAACCGGUUUAGUAGUCGAGGGCGCGAUUUAUCGUCGAGCGAAAAGCCCUUCGAUCCCGAACAAAAGGCUCGUCGGUGAACCAUUUCCUUCGCUAAAUUAUUCCUCGGAGGUUAUAAGAUGCAAAGCGAACGCGUGUAAUCCCUCGAAAUUUCGCGAGUUUCGUGAAAAAUUCACGCGGCAAACGUUGGUAGAAAAAAGGAUCGUUCCUUCGUCGACGACGUCUUUAAUUUUCGUGGCUCGGCAAGCCCUAUUGAACGCGAUCUUUUGUCGUUCGACUUUCCCAUCUCUGCCGGGGGAUAAUUCUUCGUCUCGGUGAAGCGUCGCGGAAACGAGGACACGGAACGUUCUCAAAGCGAAAUAAAUCGGAGCGGUGCGGCGAGGUAUCGGCGAGGUAUCGGCGCGACGACCAAUCGGUACGAUGAAAAGGGGAUCCAAGUGUAUCGCCCGGACCAUCAAUUUGUCCAACCCGGAGACCUGCAUAAGACCGAAGAGGAUUCAGAAGCUCGUCGAAGCGAUGCAACCGUGUCCGAGUCAUGUCGGGACUGGAUCCUCUUAUUGGACUCCGAGACCGGUCGCUAUUAAAAUUUGCACGUGGAAGGAUAUGCGAAGGACUUGUCCACCAAAGCUUUGCGAUUGUUCGCCAAGGGCGCCAUCGAAGACCGCGGGCCAGAGGUUAUGCGUGGCUCUGCUGUUCCUCUUAAAGAGCAGCGUCGCUGCUGGACUCGUUUAUUGGACCAAUGCCGAAGGCUUAUGGGGCUCGAGCGACGAAGCGGAAGAUCUAUACUAUAGACUAAUGGGUACCAUCGCGGCCAUCUUCUCCGACGACUACGACAGCGAUCAAGUAACGUUCUACCAAAUCGUAACGCGUUCGCAGAUCGAGUUGCCUCGCGUAGGAGAGUUCAAGUACCGCAUGAUACAGACGUACAAUCGCGCGGUGUUCAUGGUCAUGAACUGUAUCGUGGAGACGUCGAUAAAGUUGCGGGAACAGAUUCGAUAUAUCCUGUCCCCUCAGGAGAACGAGCAGGAACCAGAAGAGUCCUCCGAUGGCUCGGCGAACGGCAAAAAGCAAACUUGA